AUGGAUUUGCAAUGGGAAAACCUUCCAGAGUUCAAAACUGAGGUGCAUCAGUGCAUUCCCUGCUUCAUCACGUUCCGUGAUCCUAAGGCAAAAGCGAGACACAUGAAGAAAACCCACGGAGACAUCUACAAGCAACAACUACAAAUGACAGAAACCCAGUUCUCCUGCUACAAAUGUGACAAGGUUUUUAACUCAUCCGAGGAGCUCACCGAACACUCAGCAAGCCACAACUUCAAUGAGAAAAGUUUUGAAUGCCCCUACUGCCCAGCGACCUUCUACACCUACACAGAGAUGACAAAACACAGGAGGUGGUACUGCGGUAAGCGCCAGUGCCCCUGCAGAGAUUGUGGAAUAAAGUUUCCUAACCCAUCCCGACUGACUCAGCACAGAGUUCGAUUUCAUUCUCCAGGAGUCACCUCUCAGAUUGAGGAAGAUUUGACUUACAAGUGCUCCAAAUGUGACUGUAUUUUCCAAAACCAGGAAGAGCUCAUCGACCACCAGGAAAAAGACCAGGAUUGCACCCUCUAUGAACCGGACCCCCCCAAGAAACGAGGCCGCAAACCCAAAAGUGAAAAGGGUUUUUACGACAGCUAUAUCAAGAAGGAUGUGAAUCUGAUCGGAGAGAAGAAAUCAAAGCUUGAGAUCCCGUGUCCAGACCCAGACUGUGACCUCGUUUUCCCAUCUGUCGACGCCUUAAGGGCCCACAAAAAAGAGCAGCACGGCAGAUCCUCCCAAACGCCUCACGCAUGCACCGAGUGUGAUCAGAGUUUUGGCGAAUCCCACCAGCUCGCCGACCACAUCGCAAAAGCCCACGGCCCUGAGGAGUUCACCUGCCCCACCUGCGGAGAGCGCUUUCCCAGCACCAGUGACCUUACCGACCACUUGAGAACGCACUGCAAAAAAGAAGAGCCUGAAUUUAAUAUAGAGAUUAUAUAA